CAAACUUGGACACUUAUCUUUAGUUCUGUCUUAAACUGAAUCUCCCUCUUAUCAAUUCUGUUUUUGUUUCUGUCGGAAUAUCUUAAAAGUCAAUUUUAAUACUUUGAAUUCCUUGCACAACACAACACGUCGCUCUCAAUCACAGACACCACAAACUUCGACACUUAUCUUUAGUUCCGUCUUAAAUUGAAUCUUCCUCUUCUUCUUGAGUCUUCAGAACAACAACAAAAAACAGAAUCUUGAAAGAAAGAAAAAAAGAAAAAAACAUGACAGAGAAUUCUGAAAAAAUCGAUCGUUUAAACGAUCUCACGACUUUUAUCUCGACGAAGACAGGAGUGAAAGGACUCGUCGAUGCCGAAAUAACCGAAGUUCCUAGCAUGUUUCAUGUCCCUUCUUCUAUUUUAUCAAACAACAGACCUUCUGAUAUCUCCGGCUUAAACCUCACCGUCCCAAUCAUCGACCUCGGAGAUCGUAACACAUCUUCAAGAAACGUUGUCAUUUCGAAGAUCAAAGACGCAGCUGAGAAUUGGGGAUUUUUCCAAGUGAUCAAUCAUGAUGUUCCUUUAACUGUUCUUGAAGAGAUCAAAGAGAGUGUUCGAAGGUUUCAUGAACAAGAUCCAGUUGUCAAGAACCAAUAUCUUCCUACCGAUAACAACAAGAGAUUUGUUUAUAACAAUGAUUUCGAUCUCUAUCAUUCUUCUCCUUUGAAUUGGAGAGACUCUUUCACUUGUUAUAUUGCUCCAGAUCCUCCGAAUCCAGAGGAAAUCCCACUAGCUUGCAGGAGUGCGGUGAUCGAAUACACGAAGCAUGUAAUGGAAUUAGGAGCUGUGCUCUUCCAACUUCUCUCAGAAGCUUUAGGUUUAGACUCUGAGACACUUAAGAGGAUUGAUUGUCUUAAGGGUUUGUUUAUGCUCUGCCAUUACUAUCCACCUUGCCCACAACCUGACCUAACUUUAGGUAUAAGUAAACACACCGACAACUCUUUCCUCACGCUUCUUCUUCAAGACCAAAUCGGUGGUCUUCAAGUUCUUCAUGAAGAUUAUUGGGUCGAUGUCCCUCCUGUACCUGGAGCUCUUGUUGUCAACAUUGGUGAUUUCAUGCAGCUGAUAACGAACGAUAAGUUCUUGAGCGUGGAGCAUAGGGUACGACCGAACAAAGAUAGACCGCGGAUUUCAGUUGCGUGCUUCUUUAGCUCGAGUCUUUCUCCAAAUUCCACGGUUUAUGGACCGAUUAAAGAUCUUUUGUCUGAUGAAAACCCUGCUAAGUACAAAGAUAUCACCAUACCAGAGUACACUGCAGGAUUUCUUGCGAGCAUUUUUGAUGAAAAGUCGUAUUUGACUAAUUACAUGAUAUGAAGAAAAUACUUGUCCGAGUGCAAAAUAUAUAUUUGUGCGUUUUGCAUAUGUUACGCUACAUUUUCUUUGUACCCGCUAUAGAGUUCCUCAACCAUUGUACCAAUAAGAAAAAAUGUUUUCUACUUCAUGCUUAAAACAGCAUUCUAGGCUUGUAGCUAACAAGUCAAACUAUAAGUUAUCUUUUUCAAACUACAAAA